UGGCGCGCAGCUUUACCACAGAAUUCUAAGAAUUUCACCGAGAUAGUUUCUGCCUCGUUUCUGUAGCUGAUGCCAGUUGUCUCCGGGACAUAAGACUUUUUUUUGACUCCGCUCCACGAUUUAAAACACUGAAUACCGAGUUUUGUUACAUGUACAUUAUUUUUAGAUAAAGAAGUAUCGCGAAUACUUCAGUUGAAUAAACUCAGCUUGGUUUUUUGGUGAGGAUCUGUGGAAGCUAGAGCUCGCGAUAACGGUAACUUUCUACCAGAAUUUCGCCAUGUUCCGCAGCAACUUGGAAGGCAGUGGCGCAGCAGCAGACAACUUCGCGGCUUUCCACGCAAGAGGAGGACUUAAUAUGUUGGGCUUACAAGACAUGUACCUGGACACUAGUGGCGCCAACUCAUCAGCCACUCUCAGUCCGCCCAGCACACCCCUUACACCGAUGACCCCCGACCCGUCAACUGCUGCUCAGACGACGCAUUUUCCCCUGCUGGCGGACAGUGCCGCCGCUGCCAAUACACUGUUGCUCCAACGGCAGUAUCACUACCAUUUGCUGCUUCAGCAGCAGCAACAACAAUUGGCCCUGGCUCAACAUCAGUUGGCUUUGGCUGCAUCGGCGGCAGCGGCCAGUGCAAAUCACCACCAAAAGGACGAGAUUGCGCGAUCAUUGAAAAUAUUUGCGCAGCUGACUACGGGCGCAGCAGAAAAUGCGGCUGGAUCCAUGCAGGACGCUAUGCAGGAGUUUGCAACCAACGGCUAUGUAAGCGAUGAUCUCAGUCGCUUUUCCUAUGGAAAUGCUCCACCACAAACGCAAACACCUCCACCGACACAACAGCAGCAGCAACAGGGUAUGCACCUGUCGCUCGGACGCAAUCCUGCCCAGCCGUCGACUAGUGGAGCCAACUUAAUGUCCAUGGCCACUCCACUUCCCACGCACUGGCUGCAAAACUACCGCGAGCAGCUGAACAACGUAUGGCGUAACAUGUCCUACAUGCCGGCAGCCACCAGUGCAGUAGGAUUGCAGGCCCAGGCAGCGGUCACCAUGUCCCCCAAUCUCGCCGUGGGAAUGAAUCUGGGAUUACCCGUGCAGGCUGACCAGCUGCGCGUGGCUUCCAAUCCCUCUAACAAUAUUAAUAAGGUGCACAAGCGAUACAACAACAGCAAGGGUAAAGAGGAAGUCAGUCGCCACUGCGUCUUCUGUGAGAAUAACAACGAACCGGAGGCGGUGGUCAAUAGCCACACGGUCCGCGACAAAUUUAACCGAGUGCUGUGCCCCAAGCUUCGCACCUACGUUUGCCCCAUUUGUGGGGCAUCUGGGGACUCGGCACACACCAUUAAGUACUGCCCCAAGAAGCCGAUAAUUACAAUGGAGGAUGCUAUUAAGGCGGAAUCAUUCCGCCUGGCCAAAAGCAGUUACUACAAGCAACAGAUGAAGGUCUAGAGAACACAUUCAGCAGGGGCAGAGGCUCUGGCAGCUUUUGCAGCGUUUAUAUAGCGAGAAAUAUAUAUACGCGUUCCGAUCGAUGCUGGAUGAACCAGAUAUUAAUAUGAGACAUAUAAAUAGCGCCUGGCGCGUUCGAUUUUAUAGAGUUUUUAUAAACUUAUCUCGUUUCUAUAUUUCUUAUAGUAUAGUCAACGACCGAUCAAUCAAAUC